AUGCAAAGUAGAAUUGUCAUUCCAACCAAAAUAACAGACAUUGAAUUAUUAAUGAAAGACCCUACAAGUCCAAUAGAGAGCAGAAAAGAAUUAUACCAAGGAGAAACGAUUAUUGUUAGUAUAGUGAUAUAUCAUGAUAGACAAAUUUUAUUUGAAGAAGGAGAAAUUGGAGUUAUAAAGUUUUCUGAGACUAAGCCAAAAAUUGUUAUUGUUACACAAACGAAUAUAUCAACAGGGAUAUAUCUUAAUCCAGAAGAAGUAAAUAAAAUAGAUUCUAUUAUUUUAAAUAAAGAAGAAAAUAUAACAACCAAUUAUGAUACAAUAGGUAAAUGGAAUGAUAUAAUGAAAGGAAAUAAUUGGAGAGUUAUUGUUGUAGAUAAAUAUUGUUCUAUUCAUUUAUUAGUUUUUAAAGUAUCUGUAGAAUCAGAAUAUUUUAAUAAACCAGUUUAUUUAAGAAGUACAUUUUGGCCACUAAUGAAUAUAGACUUUUAUAAAAGAUAUCAAGACACAUAUUUUACACAGUCUUUUGAAAAGAAUGAAUUUCUUAUCAACACUCUUCCAAUUAAAAUAUACCAACCAAUAACAAUACAAAGAAAAAUAAUUAAUAAUGUUGUUUGUAUUACAUUAACAAACAAUUUAAUUAUUCCAGUUAAAGUUAAAUCAUUUAAUAUUUAUUCUAAAAUACAAAGAGGAGAAAUACCAAAAUUUCCAAUCAUUUUAAAUCCGUAUGAAAGCUUUACAAUUGCAUUUCCUAUUCAUUUAAAAAAAGAAUUUAUUGAAGAAAAAGUUGAAGAAGGAAUAAAAUCUAUUAAAGCUAUACCUCCAAAAAUGCUUUCACCAUCAAGUUCAUUAUUAAAUAUGAAAGUUCCUGAUAAACCAACACCUCAACCUUCAAAAGAUAGUAAACUUAAACGUAAAUUAAUAAAAGGACUUAGUAGAAAAAUAGAACUUGAUACUCUUCAACCAAUAAAUCUAAUGAGACAAAGCAUGUCAAUAGAAGAUAGUUUUCUUCAAGAAGAAGUUAAUAAUGAAACAAAUACUGAUAAAGAAACUCAAAAAAUAAAUAAAGAAAAUCUUACUAUUGAAUUAUCUUAUAAAACAAAAUUAAUGAUUGGAAGUAUUUAUCAAGAAUUAUCGUAUAGUAUUGACAUUAUUAAAUUUCAUUUUAUUUCAAUCAAAUAUAAUAUUCCUAAACAUAUCUAUGCAAAUACUUCUUUUAAAAUUCAAUUUGACAUUCAUUAUAAUUCUUAUAAACUUCGUCAUCUACUUUUUAUUAUUAAUCAAAUUGAUCGUCCAGAUGAAAUUGAUUGUCUUCAUCCUACUUUAGAUAUUGGUAUACUUAAUAAACCUACUUUAAUUUCUGUAUCAAUUGAGUUUAUGGCAAAUAAAGCUGGUGUCUUUUCUUUACCUCAAGUUUCCUUAAAAGAAACAAGAACAAAUGAAGUAUUUGUAGUUUAUAAUUUAUGUGAUGUAGUAGUAGAAAAUGAAGUUAAAAUUUAA